AUGAGGCUCCCCACCCUCCUCGCAGCCACUCUACUAACAAUCACUGCAUCCUCCUCUCCUACAUCAAACCACACCUACACCAACCCCAUACUCCCAGGCUGGCACUCCGACCCAACAUGCGCGCACGUCUCGGAACACAACACCACCUUCUGCGCCACCUCCACCUUCAUCGCCUACCCCGGCCUCCCCAUCUAUGCCAGUAAAGACCUGCAGAACUGGAAACUCGCCAGCAACGCCUUCAACCGGCCCUCUCAAAUCCCCGAUCUCCGAAAUACCACAGACCAACAAGGUGGCAUCUACGCCCCAACCCUGCGCUACCACAAUGGCACCUUCUACCUGAUCGUCACCUACCUCGGCACAGACAUCCAAGGCCUCCUCUUCACCACCACCAACCCCUACAACAACUCCGCUUGGACCGACCCCCUCGUCUUCACCGUCACAGGCAUCGACCCGGACAUCUUCUGGGACGACGACGGUACCGUCUACGUGACAUCUGCGAACAGUGGCUCCUCCAGCGGAAACCACAUCCAGCAAUACUCCCUCGAUCUAACCACCGGAGCCACCGGCCCCAUCCACAACCUCUGGAACGGCACUGGAGGCUCCAGCCCCGAGGGACCGCACAUAUUCCGCAAAGACGGAUAUUACUACCUUAUGAUCGCCGAGGGAGGGACAGAACUUGGCCACUCGGAGACGAUUGCUCGGUCAAGGUUCCGGACCGGGCCGUGGGAAGCUUAUCCCCGGAAUCCGCUGUUGACGAAUCGCAAUACGACGCAGUAUUUUCAGACGGUCGGACAUGCGGAUCUGUUUCAGGAUAGUGUGGGGGAUUGGUGGGCUGUGGCGCUGAGUACACGAUCUGGGCCGGCGUGGAAGAAUUAUCCCAUGGGGAGAGAGACGGUUCUUGCGCCGGCGAGAUGGGAGGAGGGCGAGUGGCCGGUUGUGCAGCCUGUUCGGGGGAUGAUGAGUGGGCCUUUGAUGUCGGAGGAUAGGGGGAUUGCAGUUGGUGAGGGGGGUUGGAUUGAUCAGCCUGAUAGAGUGGAUUUCAAUCCGGGGUCGGCGAUUCCAGCGCAUUUUGUGUAUUGGAGGUAUCCGAGGACGGAUAAUUUUGUGGUUUCACCGGAGGGGUAUCCUAAUACUUUGAGGCUGACUCCGUCGUUUUAUAAUCUGACAGGGACGCCGGAGUUCAAGCCAGAUGAUGGGUUGACGCUGGUUAUGCGUCGGCAGACGGAUACGUUGUUCACGUAUGGUGUGGAUAUAUCGUUUGAUCCUGAGAUCGAUGGUGAGGAAGCUGGGGUUACGGUGUUUUUGACUCAGGAACAGCACAUUGAUUUGGGUAUUGUCUUGCUACAGAACAAUCUGUCAUUCAGGUUCCGUGUUGAAGGCCGGGGUAACUACGAUGGCCCUCUUCCUGGACAGACUAUUUCUGUGCCAAAGGAAUGGCAAGCAGACACUAUAAGGCUUGAGAUCCAGGCUGUCAACGACACGACCUAUGCCUUUUCCGCUGCGCCAUCAAGGAACCUGGGCCAUAAGAGAGUCAUUGGGUGGGCAGAUACGAGGAUUGUCAGUGGUGGCACUGGUCGGUUUACUGGCGCACUUGUUGGUGCUUAUGCUACGAAGAAUGGAGGCGUUGGGUAUACACCGGCUUAUAUUAGUAGAUGGAGAUAUCAAGGACAAGGCCAGGAAAUUGACUAUGGUCGUAUAGUUCCGAGCUGGACUAGGUCUGUUGUGUCGUUGGAAGAUUAG